AUGCUAGAGCGAAUCAACUAUCAAGAAUCUGAUGAAAAUAUAGAGGAAAUAAAGGAAAAAGCUGGAGUGAAUCAAUUAGGAGAAACAGAUGAAAAUCCAAAUGGAGGAAUUGAUGAAAAUGAAGAAGAAGUUGGGAAAAAGGAGCUUGAUGGACAUAAUGGAAAUAAAGAAUCUAACGAAAAUAUGGAAGAAACAGAGGAACAAGAAGCUUCUGAAGGGAAUCAACUAGGACAAACAGAUGAAAAUCCAAACGGAGAAAUUGUUGAAUACGAAGAAGAGAAUUGCAAAAACGAGGAAGAAGAAGAAAAAGAAAGAAGAAGACGAGCUAUUAAACAAGGAAAACAACUAGUGUAUAAAGGAGGACCAUUCGAGGAUUAUGAAGAAAAAAAUGAAGGAAAAGAAUUUGAUUUUGAUAAGUGGAGCUGGUAA